AUGAGCAAAGACAUAGGAGAAGAGGAUCUAUUUUCAGUGAACGACAAGUUCACAAGCAAGUUUUACAAAGUGAAGAUCGGAACGGUGGUGGCACAAAAGGAGACGGAACCAGAGAAGCAAGAGACAAGACAGAGAGUUGAGGAAGACAGGAAACCUCAGAUAGAAGCAGCGAUUGUGAGGAUCUUGAAGUCUAGGAAAAUACUGGAUCACAACAACAUAAUAGCAGAAGUGACAAAACAGUUGCAACCACGGUUCUUGGCUAACCCAACGGAGAUAAAGAAGAGAACCGAGUUGCUGAUUGAACGUGAUUUCUUGGAAAGGGAUAACACGGACCGGAAACUUUACCGCUAUUUAGCCUGA